AUGAUCGGGGAGGACAAGCUCAUCCACUUCUCGGGGGUGGCCCUGGGGGAGGCCUGCACCAUCGUGCUGCGGGGGGCCAGCACUCACAUCCUGGAGGAGGCCGACAGGUCCCUCCAUGACGCGCUGUGCGUGCUGAGCGAGACGGUCAAGGACAGCCGCGUGGUGUAUGGCGGGGGCUGGCCCGAGAUGAGGAUGGCGCUGGCUGUGGAGGAGGCGGCGAAGACGACGCCGGGCAAGCGCAGCCUCGCGAUGGAGGCGUUUGCGCGGGCGCUGCGCGCGCUGCCCACCACAAUCUGCGACAACGCCGGCCUCGACAGCGCCGACAUCGUCGCGACGCUGCGCGCGGAGCACGGCCGGGCGCCCGAGAAGACGCGCGCGGGCGUGGACGUGAUCCGCGGGGCCUCUGGUGACAUGGGGGAGCUGGGCAUCUACGAGAGCUUCCGCGUGAAGAACCAGGUCGUCCUGAGCGCCGUGGAGGCAGCCGAAAUGAUCUUGAGGGUGGAUGACAUCAUCCGUGCCGCGCCGCGGAGGAGGGGGUGA